CUCUCUGGCAGGUUUGUUUACUGGCUGGGAGAAAGAGAUCCAACACAGCCUGGGAGACAAUCUACCUCUGUCUGUGCAAGAAGAAAAGGAUUUACCUUUUUGUUGUUGUUGUUGUUGUUGUUGUUGUGAUACAAAACAAGACGAUUUGGACUCGCCAUUAGGGGAUGGGAUUAAAAGAAGCCACGGCACAGCUUCACUUGGCUUUUUAAACCAAGUGCAACGUUAGGAAACAAGCAAACGUGGAGCUGGAAAAUCUCUUGGAAGGAAAUCUCAGCACUUUUCUGACCGAGGCGACAAACCGGAGCCCCCUUUUUGCUUUUUUUGUGCUUACUUACGGAGCUGCGAAGACUACAAGAAAAAGAAGCAUUUAGCCGUGUUUUUUUUUUUGCAUACUUGGAGGAUUUGCUUUGCUGCGUUACUCUUCACUUGAAUUACAUCGAAUGCCAUUAAUAUACAUGUAUAUAUACACACUUUGUUACUCACAUGCGGUGUUUUUUGAUCAGGCGUGAGUGUCUAUGUUUAGGGAGGAGGGGGGCCUGGGCUAGCUAGAUUUUGACAGCUAGUUAACAAGACAACUUUAGCGUGGCGCCGCGUGUAAAAAGUAGUUAUUAGGGACGGCUUCUUGACCCGCACGGGCGAGCUGAAAGGCGCAGAGCCCCACUGAAGAGGCGACAAGUCUGCUUGUCAACAGCCGCCGUCCAUUAGGAGGUGGGGAGGCUAGUUAGCAUUAGCAUCAUUAGCCGUGAACACGUUGGACUCGUUCUUCCGCCCGUCUUCCGGGAUGUCGCCAGUGACUGUCACGUCGUGUUUACUUGCUGGCUCUCGCCGCAAAACCAAAACAAUUUCCUGAAGAAUAGCCGCCCCCACCCUCCUAUCCUCCUACCCUCCUACCCCAUUGUGUCCGCUGGAAGGAUUUUACUGAGGAGCGGUGACUCAGCCCGAGUCAGUUAUGUGGCUCCGGACUUUGACAUGUGUUGUGGCCGCAGCCUGCUGCUUGUUGACCAGCUGUCAUCCAGCGUCGGGGGAGAUUUGCCCAAGCAAGGACAUCCGCAACGAUGUGACCAACCUCAACUCGCUGGCUAACUGCACGGUGAUCGAAGGUCACCUAAAGAUCCUCCUCAUGUUUGGGACCAAGCCCGAAGACUUCCGAGGCCUCACCUUCCCCAAGCUGACCGUGGUGACCGACUACCUGCUGCUCUUCCGAGUGUACGGCCUGGAGAGUCUCAGCGACCUCUUCCCCAACCUGACGGUCAUCCGAGGCAACAACCUGUUCUUCAACUACGCCCUGGUGGUGUUCGAGAUGCUGCAGCUGCGAGAGAUCGGCCUCCAGAGCUUAAUGAACAUCACCCGGGGGGCCGUGCGGAUCGAGAAGAACUGGGACCUCUGCUACUUGUCCACGCUGGAUUGGUCCAAGAUCCUGGACUCUGUGGAGGACAACUACAUUGUGGCCAACAAGAACGAAAGAGAGUGCGGAGACGUGUGCCCGGGGGCAUCCGUGGGGAAGACCACCUGCCAGACCACGACCAUCAACGGGCACUUCAGCGAACGAUGCUGGACGCAGAAGCACUGUCAAAGAAUGUGUCCCGUUCAGUGCAAACAUCACACCUGCACCAGGGAUCACCAGUGCUGUCACGACGAGUGCCUGGGCGGCUGCCUGAAGCCGCAGUCGGCGAGUCACUGCGUGGCCUGCCGGGGGCUCCUGCACCAGGGCACCUGCGUGCAGCGCUGCCCCGACGACCACUACACCUUCAAGGGCUGGCGCUGCGUCUCCUUGGCCUUCUGCCAGGAGCUCCACAGCAGGUGCAGGUGGGAGAAGGAGCACAGCAAGUACUCCGAGUGCCACGAGUACGUCAUCCACAACGGCGCCUGCAUCCCUGAGUGUCCCUCGGGCUACACCACCGUCAACUCAUCUUCGCUGAACUGUAUGCCAUGUGCCGGCCUUUGUCCGAAGGUGUGUAUGGGCCUGAAAACUGUGGACUCCAUCACCGCGGCCCAGGCUCUGAGAGGCUGCACCAUCCUUAACGGCAGUCUGGUUAUCAACCUGCGCGGAGGAAACAACAUAGCGGCAGAACUGGAGUCCAGUCUGGGCCAGCUGGAGGAGAUCACGGGGUACAUGACGGUGCGACGGUCCUACGCCCUCGUCUCCCUGUCGUUCUUCCGCAAGCUCCGUGUUAUCCGCGGGGAGGAAACGGAAAUCGGCAAUUACUCCUUCUACGCCCUGGACAACCAAAACCUGCGGCAGCUGUGGGACUGGUCCAAGCACAAGCUGGCCAUCCCUCAGGGCCGUAUGUUCUUCCACUACAACUCCAAGCUCUGCAUGGGCGAGAUACGCAAGAUGGAGGAGGUGACCGGCACCAGAGACCGAAAGAACGACAUCGCGUCCAAAACCAACGGCGACCAGGCCUCGUGUGAGAACCACGUGCUGAACUUCACCCGUAUCCGCACCAUGAGCGACAAGAUCUUGAUCAAGUGGGAACCCUUCUGGCCGCCGGACUUUCGAGACCUGCUGGGCUUCAUGGUGCUCUACAAAGAGGCACCUUUCCGAAAUGUGACCGAGUUUGACGGGCAGGACGCCUGCGGCUCCAACAGCUGGGUGAUCGGAGACGUGGACCCGCCGCCGCGCGCCACCGAGGACGACCGGGACAUCGAGCCGGGCCACCUCAUCCGCCUCCUGAAGCCCUGGACGCAGUACGCCAUCAUGGUCAAGACGCAGCUGUCGGCCUCUGACGAGCACCAGGUCAACGGGGCCAAGAGCGACAUCAUCUACGUGCGCACCAACGCCACACAACCCUCGGUUCCGCUGGACCCCAUUUCCUCGUCCAACUCCUCCUCGCAGAUCAUCCUCAAGUGGAAGCCCCCCAACGACCCGAACGGCAACAUCACUCACUACAAGGUCUUGUGUCAGCGACAGGCGGAGGCCAGCGAGCUCUACAAGUUCGACUACUGUCAAAAAGGAAUGAAGCUGCCUUCUCGAGUGCCUACCCAGGUGGACAGCGAUGAGGAGUACAGAAGGAACCAGACAGAAGAGCAGGGCCCAGGGACACGCUGCUGCGACUGCCCCAAGACCGACAAGGAGCUCAAGAAGGAGAAAGAGGAGUUGGAGUACCGCAAGACAUUUGAGAACUACCUGCACAACGAAGUCUUUGAGAUGAAGCGCUCCAGACAGCGGCGUGCUGUGAUGGGCAUCGCCAACCAAACCCACCCUUUGCCCACCACGGCCUCCAACAGGCCGGCGGGCACAAAUGUCCCCCAUGACGAGGAGGCAUUUGAGAUCACCAAGUUUGUGGUCACCAAGGAGUCCACCGUCAUCUCCAAUCUGCGCCACUUCACCAGCUACCAGAUACAAGUCCACGCCUGCAACCACCCCACCGACGAAGCCCGCUGCAGCAUGGCGGCGUACGUCAGCGCCCGCACCAUGCCUGAAGACAAAGCUGACGACAUCCUGGGCCCCAUCACUUACGAAGUGUCCGACAUGACCGUGCACAUGGCCUGGCAGGAGCCUGCCUCCCCCAACGGCAUGAUAAUCCUGUACGAAGUCCACUACAAACGCAUCGGAGACAGCGAGGAGUUGCACCACUGCGUGUCCAGGAACGUCUACAGGGCGACCCGCGGCUGCAAGCUGAGAGUGAUGCAUUCUGGGAACUACACGGUGAGAAUCCGAGCCACCUCUCUGGCCGGCAAUGGAUCCUGGACUGAGCCCACAUACUUCUACGUGCAGGACGCCAGAGAUCCCCUCAACAUGGCAAAGAUUGUUAUCGGGCCGGUCAUUUGCGUGGUUCUGCUGCUCUGUGUGGCUGUGGCAGGAUUCAUGAUGUUCAAGAAGAAUCAAACUCAGGGGCCGAGCGGUCCAAUCUACGCCUCGUCCAACCCGGAGUACCACAGCGCUAAUGACAGUAAGCCCUUUGAUUGACAUCAACAAUCUGGCUCAAGCGGCACCGCUGUAACCCGUUCUUGCUGCGCAGUGUACGAGGAGGACGAGUGGGAGGUGGCCCGGGAAAAGAUCAACAUCAAGCGGGAGUUGGGUCAGGGCUCCUUCGGCAUGGUGUACGAGGGCAUCGCCAAAGACAUCAUCAAGGGCGAGGGCGAGAGCCUCGUGGCCGUGAAGACGGUCAACGAGUCGGCCAGUCUGAGGGAGAGGAUCGAGUUCCUCAACGAAGCCUCGGUCAUGAAGGCCUUCAGUUGCCACCACGUGGUGCGUCUCCUGGGCGUCGUGUCCAAGGGCCAGCCCACCCUGGUCGUGAUGGAGCUGAUGACCCACGGAGACCUGAAGAGCUACCUGCGCUCUCUCCGGCCCGACGCAGAGAACAACCCAGGCCGGCCGCCUCCCACACUGAAGGAGAUGAUCCAAAUGUCGGCCGAGAUCGCGGACGGCAUGGCGUACCUCAGCGCCAAGAAAUUUGUGCACCGAGACCUCGCCGCCAGAAACUGCAUGGUCGCUCACGACCUCACCGUCAAAAUAGGAGAUUUCGGCAUGACCAGAGACAUCUACGAGACCGACUACUACAGGAAAGGCGGCAAAGGCCUGCUGCCCGUCAGGUGGAUGUCACCGGAGUCCCUCAAAGAUGGCGUCUUCACGGCACAUUCGGACUGCUGGUCUUUCGGGGUGGUGCUGUGGGAGAUCAGCACGCUAGCGGAGCAGCCUUACCAAGGACUCUCCAACGAGCAGGUGCUGAAGUUUGUCAUGGACGGAGGCUACCUGGACCGCCCGGACAACUGCGCUGACAGACUACACAACCUGAUGCAGAUGUCCUGGCAGUACAACCCCAAGAUGCGGCCCACCUUCCAAGACAUCAUCGAGAUGCUGCGUGACGACCUGCACCCGUCCUUCCAGGAGUGCUCCUUCUUCUACAGCGGCGAGAACAAGCCGCCAGAGAGCGAGGACUUUGACCUGGACAUGGAGAACAUGGAGAGCAUCCCGCUGGACCCCUCGUCCUACUCGCAGCGGGAGCAGGGUUCGGAGCGGGACCAGGGCUCCUCGCUGGGCCUGAGGGGCAGCUACGAGGAACACCACAUCCCCUUCACACACAUGAACGGGGGCAAGAGCAACGGACCAGUACUGGCCCUGCCGCCCUCCAGCCCCUCCUAGCCGACUCCUUUACAU